AUGGCGGACGACAAGAAGCGAGAUGACGUUGUCAUCGAGAUGGGGGAUCGGAAGGGUGCCUUUGAUACACCAAGUCGGUCCCCAGUACCGCCACAGACUCCGGCCACAGUCCCUUCGAUAGGUGCCGCCGCCAAUAAUCCUGUAUUUCCGAUUCUCAGCUAUUGCGGCUCUUCCAUCCUUAUGACCGUAACGAACAAAUACGUUCUCUCAGGAAGAGGUUUCAAUCUUAAUUUCUUCUUGCUCUGUGUGCAGUCGGUUGUGUGCGUCGUUGCCAUCCAGACUUGCAAGACCAUGAAAAUCAUCACCUAUCGAGACUUUAAUCAAGACGAGGCCAAGAAGUGGUUUCCUGUCUCGUUGCUCUUGAUUGGGAUGAUAUACACGAGCACAAAGGCUCUUCAAUUUCUCUCAAUCCCCGUUUACACUAUCUUUAAAAAUUUGACAAUCAUCCUGAUUGCGUACGGCGAAGUGCUAUGGUUCGGAGGAUCUGUCACUGGCAUGGCGCUCUUCUCCUUUGGCCUCAUGGUGCUCAGCUCCCUCAUUGCAGCAUGGGCAGAUAUUCAACACGCUCUGCAGAACUUUGGGCACGCAAGCGCCGAGGCUUCGACCCAGAUCUCUACCUUGAAUGCAGGCUAUAUGUGGAUGCUGUUCAACUGCUUUUGCAGCGCUACAUACGUUCUCGGCAUGCGAAAGAGAAUCAAACUCACGAACUUCAAGGACUUCGAUAGUAGGUUUUGUGCUCAAGUAGUAUAG